GCACCGUCAACAGAGACUGCUUUACUGACGGUAACAAAAUCGAGCUUCAGGAUUGCUAUUUACAUCACCUUGAGCCAUCCAGAGUUUCUGAAGUUUGAAAUCUUGAACACUCUGCAGAGUGAAGGAAAUAAGGAUGACAGGGGUGCGAGCAUUCUUUCUCGUUUUCUUUGUCUGCGCAAUGACAGCGAAGGGUCAAGAAGAAGGUUCAGCUAUUACACCGAACCCCAGAUUUUUUUCGACAAUACCACCAGCACCGACAAAUGAGCCUCUCCCAACUGUACCACCACAUACAGGUUUAACAACACAAGCGCCAAAGCCUAAGAGUACGGGAUGUGAAUAUGGCAAUUGUCAACCAAAAGGGGAAUGUGACUGCCUCAAAGGCCAAAAAGGAACACGGGGGCGUAUCGGUCGCACAGGUGAACAAGGGAUUGCUGGGGAACAGGGACCCAAAGGCGUGGCAGGCAUACAAGGGCAUAAAGGUUUGAAAGGUGACGCUGGAAAUCCAGGUCCAAGAGGACCCGAUGGUGAUCGGGGAAUAGAAGGCAUGGUCGGUUUCGAUGGAUACGAUGGCUUACCGGGUUCACAUGGUCACCGUGGUCAAAAAGGAUUCCCUGGGAUCCCUGGUUGUAAAGGUGAACCAGGUGAGUCUGGUUCACUUAUUGGUGCAAAUGGUUUAGAUGGUCCACCUGGGCCCGAUGGUGAUCCGGGUCCAAAAGGUUUUCCGGGUGAACCCGUAUCUGGUCCAACACCGGAAGAAAAAGGCGAAAGGGGAGAACCAGGUGAUAGAGGUUUCAGAGGAAUGGAGGGACCAAGAGGAAGGGCCGGUCCAGACGGUGAAGUGGGUGACAAGGGUAUCGUUGGAAAACAGGGUCUUGAAGGCGAGCAAGGUGAUAAAGGUUCCCCAGGCGACUCACCCCAAGUGUUAGAUAAAGAGCUUCCGAAAGGAGAGCGAGGGGAUGAAGGUCCAAAAGGACCUCCAGGAAAACCUAAAAUACUUAGCCAAGAAGAAGCAGAAAAACAUACUGCAAUCCGUGGUGAUAAGGGUGAGCCUGGCGAGAAAGGUCCAAGAGGAUCUUCAGAACGAGGUGAUAAGGGUGUACGAGGUUUCCAGGGAGGCAAAGGUGAAGUCGGAGAUCAGGGUCCAAUAGGAGAUGCGGGAGGAGAUGGCAGGAAAGGAAACAUUGGUCAGCCGGGUGACCAGGGUGGAAAUGGCAUGGUCGGUGAAUAUGGUGAUGUUGGACCAAAGGGAUUCAGGGGACCUCCUGGACAGAGUGGAGCGGUAGGAAGACGUGGGGAUGAAGGACCAGAAUCAACAAUUAACUUUCCUGGAACAAAAGGCUCCGUUGGUGAAAAAGGCUCUGUUGGGCCUCCAGGCUAUCCUGGAGAACAGGGUGAUCCGGGACCUCAAGGAGAUCCAGGGGUACCUGGCAAACCAAUGACGGGAUUCAAGGGUGCAACUGGAGAUCGCGGUUUACAGGGAGCCCCAGGCGAAACAGGAAAUUCAGGUCUAAUUGGUAUGGACGGUCCUAAAGGAAAGCCUGGUCGUGAUGGUGAUCCAGGAAAAAAAGGAACAAUGGGUGAUAAUGGUGAAGAUAUUCCCGGACGUAAUGGCAUGGAUGGAAAAAAAGGAGCCACCGGUUACAAAGGACCUGUUGGUGACCCCGGUGCUGUUGGUUCAAUAGGUGCUCCUGGCGAUCCAAAGGGCGUUGACUGUAGUGACCCUACUAAUGAGUGUCCUAAAGGGGAAAGGGGACCACCAGGACGGCCUGGUGUUUCAGGUGAUACAGGUGAAGAUGGUGCUCAAGGUUCCCCUGGACCCAAAGGUUACAAAGGAGGUAACUGUCCCGAAUGUCCACCUGGUCCGAAAGGUUCACCUGGUGAAGAGGGGCCCCAGGGUAGACCUGGAGACCGUGGAGAACGAGGGAAAACCGGAGAUGUUGGUGAAGCAGGCGUUCCUGGUCAGCCCGGUGAAGAUGGACCUAUUGGAGAUAUUGGAACAAAGGGAUAUCAAGGAUAUGCAGGUUCGAGAGGUGACAAGGGACAAAAAGGAGAACCAGCACCCAAAGAUGUCGCCGUUCCUCAAGGACUUCCUGGUGACACUGGUGAAGAUGGAGAAGAAGGCUCAAAAGGUUUUAAAGGCUUCAAUGGACAAAAGGGUGUGCGAGGUGUUCAAGGGUAUGCCGGAACCCGAGGUGAUACAGGGAAUACCGGUGAUGGUGGUGUUCCUGGAGUUAAUGGGGAGAAAGGAGCCCCAGGCGAAGAGGGGGAAAAGGGUGAAAAGGGAGUAUCGGAACGAGGUGAUAAAGGCGAAGUUGGAGAGCCGGGUGAACAAGGUCCUGUGGGUCCUAAAGGACCUCCAGCCCCAGGGCAAGGGACAGGAAAGAACGCAACGAAACCUAAGGGAAUUCCAGGACCAAAGGGGAUCCCCGGAAAAGAUGGAAUAAACGGAAAAGAUGGUGCGAAAGGAGACAAAGGUGAUACGGGAGACCGGGGGGCAAAAGGUGCACGGGGGAUAAAAGGAAACGGAGAACGGGGUGAUAAAGGUAUGGCUGGAGAAGCUGGAAUGGGUGGAUUGCCUGGCCGGAAUGUUCAGGGUGACAUGGGGGACACUGGUGAAAGAGGAAGGGACGGUGAAAAAGGUGUUAAAGGUGACAUUGGUGAGCCAGGUUCUGAUUCGAAUGAAGAAGGGACUGGUAAUCUUGGGGCGCAAGGUGAUCCUGGAGAUCCAGGAGAGGCUCCAGCUGGUGAAGCUGGUCCACGUGGACAAAAAGGUGUACGAGGAAGAAAUGCGUGUGGGGGUGUACUGGAUGUCAGUUUUAUCGUUGAUUCAUCCGGUAGUGUGGCUGAUCACUUUGGAACCAUUCAAGAAUUCGUGAAGAAAUUUAUUGAUGGGUUUGACAUUUCCAAAGAAAAAACUCAUGCGUCUUUGAUGACAUUUUCAAAUGAAGCAAAAGUACAGUUUUUCCUCACGGAGGAAUUUGAUCCUGAAAUUUUAAUGUGGUUUGUGGACCGAGCGAAGCAUGAUGGAGGUCAAACGUACAUUGAUCGAGCUUUGAAAAAAGCAAAUGACGAAGUUUUUAAUCAUGCCAACGGAUGGAGGAAAAAUGUCACUUCCAUAAUUAUAAUUCUGACGGACGGUAAUCAAACAACAUCCGGUACCUUCACUCCCCUGGGUCAGGCAUCAGCUCCUUUAAAGAACAAAGGAAUUCGCAUAGUAACAGUGGGUGUUGGUGACAUUGAUGCAAAGCAAAUGGAGAUUCUUUCCCCUGAUUCACGUGACCGCUUCAACCCCAAGAGGUUUGAUGAUUUGAUACCAUUGGUUGAAACCAUGUUCUCAAGCGGAUUAUGUACAGGUAUUAAUGGCGACAGAGGGCCACCCGGACCCGAUGGUAAUCCUGGUGCAGAUGGUGUACCUGGAGAAGAUGGGGCUCCCGGAGAUCCUGGUGACAGCGGAAUUCCAGGAGUUCGUGGAGAAGAUGGUAUAGAUGGAGAAGAUGGGAUAAAAGGACCGACUGGUGAUCAGGGCCCUCCAGGAGACCCUGGACCUAAACCUGAUGAAGAAGGACCAAAAGGCAUGAAGGGUGAUCCUGGUGAUUCACCUCCAGGUCCCCCGGGUGAUGCUGGUCCAAAGGGUGAACCUGGCGAGCCUGGCAUGACAGGUGAUCCAGGACCAGUGGGACCUCCAGGGGAGAAGGGGGAUCGUGGUGAAGAUGGACUUAUAGGACCGACUGGGCCACAAGGGAGUGAAGGUAUGGUUGGACCUGAGGGCAAUGCUGGUCCUGACGGAAAUCCUGGACCCCAGGGAGAUAAAGGACCUGUCGGACCUCCUGGUGAAACUGGAGAAAUGGGAACAGUUGGACCUAUAGGGCCUAACGGCGAACGUGGUGAAGAAGGAUUUGGUGAACCUGGGGUACCUGGUGACAUUGGGGAAACAGGCAUGAAAGGAGAACCUGGAGUUAAGGGAAUUCCUGGAGAAAUUGGUUUGAAAGGAUUCCGAGGCCCAACUGGGGACGCUGGAGUUAAAGGAACCAAAGGAUCACCUGGUGUACCCGGGCCCACAGGAGAUCCCUCUGUAGCGACAAGUCCUUCUCCAAAAGGCGAUAAGGGUGAACGAGGAGAGCCAGGAAUACCAGGUGAUAAAGGGUCGAUAGGAGAUCCUGGUGUGGAUACUUCUGGUCAAUCAGGGGACGAAGGAGACAAGGGUGAACAAGGCGACCAAGGCCCGCCUGGCGAUACAGGAAUACCAGGGUCAGAUGGGGAAGCUGGUGAUGAAGGAAUUGUCGGACCACAAGGACCGCUUGGCGAAGCUGGUGCGCCUGGCUUACCAGGAGAACCAGGUGGCGGUCUGCCGAGUGGAGGAGAUCAAGGUGAUCUAGGAGAGCCCGGUGAUCCUGGAAAGAAAGGAGCGCGCGGACCACCUGGAUUACCUGGAAAUCCUGGUCCUCCAGGUAUCAUUGGCAAAGAAGGACCACAGAAUUUUGUGGUAGGUAAGAAAGGUGACGAUGGUGAAGCGGCACCCGAUGGUGAACCUGGUAGUGAUGGUAACCCAGGACCCCCAGGUCCCCCUGGAAGUGUUGGUCCAAGAGGUGACGAUGGACCGCAGGGUGAAACAGGGGAUCCUGGAGAGUUCGGAACGCAAGGAGAGAACGGACUACAAGGAGAUGAUGGUGUUGAAGGUCCUAAAGGAUAUAGGGGUACGGAUGGUGAAGUUGGAGAACCAGGCGAUCGAGGUAGUGAUGGUGAAAGGGGUGAAUCGAUAGACAUUGUAGGUCCUCCGGGCCCAAAGGGAAAGUCAGGUGAACGUGGAAUUAAAGGAAACAAUGGUGCAAAUGGAGAUGCUGGUAGAAAAGGCUCUGAUGGUGCAGCUGGUCAAAAGGGAGAAAGUGGGAUACCAGGAUCUCCGGGCGUACCUGGAUCUCAAGGACGUCGUGGUCCAUCAGGUGAACGAGGUGAUAAAGGUCAAAAAGGUCAAGAAGGUGAACGUGGCGUGGAAGGCAUACCUGGUGAACCUGGUUUCUCAGCUAGCGCUUCUGGAUUUUAUGUUACUAGACAUAGCCAAGGUCGGGCUGCGCCACCCUGUCCAGCUGGUUAUAAGAAAAUGUGGGAUGGUUUCAGUUUGUUGUAUGUUCAAGGUAAUGAUAAAUCUCAUGGUCAAGAUCUGGGUCAAGCUGGUUCAUGUCUACGUCAGUUCUCUACGAUGCCUUAUUUAUUCUGUAAUAUACACAAACGUUGCAACCUCGCGUCCAGAAAUGACUACAGUUACUGGUUGUCAGCGUCAGAUAGCAUACCCAUGAUGCCUGUCGAUAACGAUGCUGUCGAUCCACAUAUCAGUCGUUGUUCUGUGUGUGAAACACCUGGACCCGUCAUAGCUGUGCAUAGUCAGGAUCAGACAUUACCAUCAUGCCCUGCAGGAUGGCAGGGAGUGUGGUAUGGAUACAGUUUUAUUAUGCAUACCGGUGCUGGGGGAAGUGGCAGUGGUCAGAGUUUGUCAUCAGCAGGCUCCUGUCUUGAGGUAUUCCGCCCCAAUCCAUUCAUUGAAUGUCACGGUCGUGGGACGUGCCAUUACUUUGCUAAUAAAUACAGUUUUUGGAUGGCAACUGUAAAAGAAGAAGAUAUGUUUAAGUCACAGACUCCUGAAGUAUUAGCAAAAGACAAAGGACAAGAUUUAAGAUCUCGGGUUAGUCGAUGUCGUGUUUGCGUUCGACCCCCCAAGACGAACCGUCAGCAACCCCACCCAGCUUUUUGGCAUGAUGUCACCGAUCCUAAGACAAAUACAGGCGAUGCUGCAAAUGCUAAGCCGUUAUUGAGACAAGCUGGACUCCAAUAAGACACUUCAACUAGACAAAGUGAAUUGAAACGCGAAACCAAACCCUGCGUACAGUUUUAAACGAUUGUUGAAGGAAAUCCAUUCAACUCUACCUUACUCUCUGUUCUGAUAGCUGGCUAUUAAUAGAUAAACAUAUAAGAAAUGUUUCUUUUCACAAUAAAUUGUUAUGAAUAUAUUGCAAAUACUUUGAAAUAAUACUUUUUUCAUUAAAAGUUAGUUAUAGUUAGUUUGAAAAUCUUGUUCAUUUUUAUUAAAUAUGGCAAUAGAUGGGAAUGUUUCUCGAAAUUUAAAGCACUCUUAUAUGUGCUUUAACGUUUUAAUGCAGUAAACAAAAGAGAAAUAUCUAUUAAAAAUGUUGGGUAGACAUAUAACAAUAUAUUUUCGAAUGUUGCGGCAUGUUAGGCCUAAAAUUAUUGAUGUUCAUAUAAAUUUAGAUGAUUAAGUAUCUUGUGUAAUGUAGUAGCUUCGGUAUUAAUCGAUAAAAUCUAUUAUUUUAUGUAUCACAUAUAUAUGUAUCUUAUAAAUUGAAAAGAAAAGAAUGUGAUUUGAUGAUUUCAAAUUUGUAAUCAGUUUUAUCAAUAAAUAGUAAAU